GACCCAGCGUCUGUCAACAUGAGUGGGCACUGCUGGGCAGGGGAAGCAGCUGGAUAAGAGACGGGAGCUGUGACCUGCAGUUAUUCACAUUUAUUUUUCUGUACUUUUUAAACAGACGAGCUGGUAUUGUGCGCGACUGUCACGAGAUGCCGGUACAUGCGCCGUUUUAAACCUUACAGGAAGUAUAACUUUGUCUGAAAGCUUUUGCUUAACUGAACUCAGUAGUUCGCUCCGAGGCUAGCUAGGUAGAUAACGAUAGCAGCACCUCAGUCGCUAGACGGUGGACGGUUUCCCCAUCAAUUGAAAUUUACCUCCGAGUGGCUGACAUGUCCGUAUAACGCGUUAAACACUUGCUGUUUAGCCGGGCUUAUGUUUGUUGCUGAUGUUAGUUCCCAGAUUAGAAGAUUCCAGGUCGACCUAGGAAGUGUUUGCUCCACUGUGUGUGUGUACCUUUAAACUAGCUUUUCUUUUUAGUGUUGCAUUGCCGUUUUAAACUGUGUACACGGCUCAGUUGGGACCACGCUAUACGUCGUUGCAACUUCCAGCGCCGACGGCUUCACUUGUCCAGUGACAAAGAAGCUAUGGCUGCAUGGAUGCCUGAAGCAGGAGAAUGAGUGCGAGCUUUCAAUGGAGAGGAUGUCACCAUCUUUCACCGAAGACUGUCCUGCUUAGCGUAUCGAUUAGCUGACCGGCAACUUCGCAACAGAACUGGGUCCGAGCGGCUGCUGCUGCUUUUCUUCACUUUAUUAAUUAGUCACGUCCAGAUCUUCUGUCCCAUGGCUGCAGCAAGCGGGGUCAACAUGCUGUCCCAGCACGGAGAGGUGGCACUGGCUGGUCCAGGAGGAGCAGGGAUGCCCGCGGUGUCUCUUACCAAUACAUCGGUGUCUUCUACACCGACACCAGAUCCCAAUAACCGGGGGUGCGAGAACGGCGCCUUGAUGGACUCCUUUGGGAUCUUCCUGCAAGGUCUUCUCGCUGUGAUGGCUUUCAGCACGCUCAUGUUGAAGCGCUUCAGGGAGCCCAAACAUGAGAGGAGACCCUGGAAGAUCUGGUUUCUGGACACCUCAAAACAGGCAAUUGGGAUGCUCUUCAUCCACUUUGCUAAUGUCUAUUUGUCGGACCUCACAGAGGAGGAUCCCUGCUCAUUAUACCUCAUUAAUUUCUUGUUAGAUGCUUCUCUGGGCAUGUUGCUGAUCUAUGCAGGGGUAAAAGCCGUCAGUGCUAUUGUAGAAUGGAGGCAAUGGGACUCCCUGCGUUUUGGAGAAUACGGAGAGCCAGUGCAGUGCACAGCGUGGCUGGGGCAGUGUAUCCUCUACAUUCUCAUCAUGAUGUUUGAGAAAGUCCUCAUCAUGUUGGUCCUCCUCAUCCCCCAGUGGAAGCAGCUGGCACUCCUCAAGCCUAUACACAAUCCUGCCCUGGAACUGGCCAUCGUUAUGCUCAUCGUUCCGUUCUUCGUAAAUGCCCUAAUGUUCUGGGUAGUAGAUAAUUUCCUAAUGAAGAAGCAUAGGACAAAAGCAAAGCUUGAAGAGAGGGAAGAGGACUCACGGGGGAACGGCAAGGUGCGAUACAGAAGAGCUCUUUCCCAUGAUGACUCGGAGUCAGAGGUAAGUUUAACUGGAAAGCUAAUGCUAAAGGAGACAGAUUCAACUGACACAUACCAUUUUCAUUUCUUCA